AGUCGCUUGUUUCGUCCUGGCCCGCAGCAGAGGCAGAUGGCAUUGAAAAUCAGUGUCUGGUGUCAGAGGAGAUGAAGUGGGGCAGCAUUAAUCCUUAAGUCACCUACCAAAGAGACUGGAAAUCCUCCCAGCUGCGCAUGAGAACUGUGUAAACAUUCAGUCACACAUCAUUUCUUUAGGGCAUACAAUACACCAAAGUCUCGUUUCUAAAGGCUAAAAAAUAUCCCUGGAUAAUUUGAUUAGAAAAAGUACUAUUGCUAUUGCCUGCAGUGCUACUACAUUCUGCUUCUGGAAAACAAUCCACCUCAGGACACUCCCAGCAGCAGAACAGCUCUUCACCUCUAAUGUUUCUGACACUAAUACAAUGUCCUAGAGCAGUUAUCCUCUAAAAUACCAACAACUUCAAUUUUCAGAGAGAUUUGCAAAUAUCCCUGACACUUAGCAAUGGCAUGCAGGCUGGAAAUCCCAUCACAUAUAGUUGCUGGGAAUAAGUGUCUGUCAUGUGGUCUUCAUGUCUCAUGGGUGUUAUCACAUCCAAGCAUGUUCUUGUCACAUAGGCAUCUUCUUUGAGUAUUUAACUAAAUUAAUUGUUCUGGUUUGACUUUUUAAAUUCCUUACCUUGUCAUUUGUGCUGAUUCCUGCACAUAAAAUUUCAGGGCACAUCCUGCUGGAUGGGGAAGCUGAGUAAAGGUGUGUCCGUUUUCCUGUUUUUUUCCCUCAGAACUGAGUCAAUGUAUCAAAACAACUUCCUGUUUUGAAACGGCAAGACAAUAAUUGGGCAAUCCCUUUCUUUUCCUGAAUCCCAGACUUUGUCUAUACAAACGGCAAGAUUUCUGGACACAGUUUAGCAGCAAGUGGUGGUUAAAUGUUGUGAACUGCCCAAGGGUCCAUCGGGGUUGCAUUCUCUCCCCCUGAAGCCAGUGCAGCACAGGGCUGCAGUUUUCCAAUGAAGAGUCUGGCAGAUUGUUCAUUACAGCAUCUGCUGCUGGGACCAUCCAACAGCACAACUAGCAGUGGUUUUGUUCAUAUUAAGGAUCAGUAACUUCCACAUUUCUUCACUCAUCGCCAGGGGUUGUCCUAAAGACGCCAGAAGCUGUGGACUGCAGAGCCAGGACUUUGGGAGCUCUGCAGAAAGAAGUGAACUACAGCUAGCCCUGCACCAAACCAUGCCAGAAAGACCCAAAGCUUUUCAGUGCUACCAGAGGCAUUUUUGCUGCUUCCUUGCAGCCCAUGUCUGGCUGAUGAAGCUGCAGGCCAGCUGCACUUUGCCCCACCCAAGGGGGAUGCUCAUGGUCCUCAUGUCCUGCUCUCAGAACUGCUCCCUGGACAAAGGUUCUUCCUCCAAAAGCAAAGACCAACUUGCAACACAAUUAAAGCCUCUGCUGCCUAUAUUACCUUGUAUUAUGUUUCCAAAACACAAAACAACCCUCAAUCACCCUUCCUGACCUUGCAGACCCACAUCUUUUGUUUGCAUCUCUCACCCUUUGCUCAGACCCGGAUUGGUGACUCAGCACAGUAAUGUUUGGCCUUGACAAUCCUGCCCAUAAUAAAAACAGCAGUGAAACCAGCCAAACCCAAACCCCCUGCUCUCAGGUAAGUCCCUUUCUCUGGUGUGACUCCAAAACCACUGGUGAGGCAGGUUUUACCCACUGUCUCAGGCAAAUGUGACUUCCCUGGUGAAAUCUGGAGCCAGCCUGUGUCAAAAAUUGCUCCAGUUUUCAAGUCAAAAGGCUGAUAGCACACACUAAAUCGCUGGCUGGGCUCCAGGAUGAUAACCUUGUCAAUGCACAACUAGCAAAUGAAUCAAAGCAGUGGGUGUGGAUACAGGAAGGCAAAUCCCUCCUGACUCCUACGAUGAAAUGUUGACCAAAGGGUGGCUGCUCUUCGAUUAUUACCUGAGUAACAGAUCAGGGACCAGGGCAGAGGGUUCACAAGAAGGUUCCUAAGACACCUGAGCACCUUGAAUGUCUUCAAAGUCAGCCAAGAGAGGUUACAGUUCCCCACUGAAGGGUCAAUAAGUGCAGCCCUUUUUCUGAGCAUUCGCUUCCAUUCUACUUUCUGUAAGUGAUAAGGCACUUUAAUGCACUCCCAGUGAAAUGUAUGGAGGGUUUUGCUCCUAUUCUCCUUUAAAUUUGCAGAGAUUUUAGACAGCAUAAUAAAAAAAAAAAAAUAAAUUGAAGAACACUAUUAGCUGUUGAAUUGGUAUUGUAAGUCAUGACCAGUCCUCCUGAAUUGUGUAUGGAAAGUAGAAGGUCCCUAAGCUGUUUAGUGAGGUGUAAAUCUUUGAAGAAGCACCUGGAAGAGCUUUGCAAUGCACUCUGAAGACGGGUACAAGUGUACCUUUUCAGUUUCUGGGUAGGGAAGUGAGAGGGAUUACCUGCAGGGAAGAGGAGGAGACAUUACAUGCAGGACUACAGGUAUUGAUUCCUUUAAAAGCAAUACUUGGGUAGUUUUGUAACAGAGGAAACACGUUUGAAAGAGUUGGUUAGGUGAUGGGUUAACUCAAGGCUGCCUCCAGAAAUUAAUGAAGCAAGGAAAGAUUCUGGGCUGAGCUGGUGCAAAGGAUCCUGAAGUGAUAAACACUGCCCUGUAACAGGGGAGCCUGGCACAACUGCAGCUCCAGCAGCUCCAGGAGCUGGAGAACUGCUGCCAUGCCAGCACUACAGGCACUCUGAAUCCUGAAGGCAGCUUUUCAUACCUGAAACCCUUCAGCUCCCAGCCGAGCAGGCACGAGUCAGUGCCAAGUGCUCUUGGAAAUCUCAGCCUCAGUGUGUCACUUCUGGUUUUUUUAAGCUGACAGUGAGCAGGAGCACUGUGCUCCGAGCAGAGUCAGGGGUUCCUCUCUCCUACAAGAACCCAAAAUUUCUGCAUGCAUGGGGUCACCAAGUUCCGACAUCACACACUGAGAAUGGGGAUGCAGCCAUCCAAAAGAAAGGAUCUUGCUGAACUGCAUCAAACAUAGUUUCUCUCUUGCUGUGAGAGCUCAGAGGAAGACAGGCAGGUCCUGGAAAUUUGAGGAUUUCAGAACUGGGAAGCUUGGUGAAGUAACCACCCUUGCAUGCAAGCCUGUAAAAAUCCUGACAGAGCAGCAUGGCCAUUGCAGAAGUUAUUCAAAACUAACUGAGCGCAGCAAGGGGGGCAAGCUUCGUGUACCACUUUGCCACAUUUCAUGUGAUGUCAAAUUGGUUGUUUAGUUUUCCCCUGAAAGAGACUCCACCUCCUUUCAAAGCCCCCUUAAAACCUGUUGAGAUUUUAUCCCAGUGCAACUCCUGCUUCAUGCUUAAUAGCUGCACAGGGAAAGAACAGCAAAUGUCCUCAGUCCCACUGCAGGGGAUUCAGACACCUGGUGCUUUAGAAAACCACUGCCCUGACAAAGAAUUUCUACUUGGAUUAAAGUUUUUUUUUGGCUUCCAUUUAUGUUCUCUUGUCCCUAAAAGUAAUCUAAAGGAAGACAUCACUUGCCGCUGGCGUGGAAAACAUCUUCCUUUCCCAUUAUUUCCUUCCCUUUUUAGAGGAAAAAUAAACUUGAAGAAGAGAGUUGUUCUUUAGUUUUUUGCUCUUCAAGCAUAGGUUAAAAUGCCAGGGAAGAAGGAGGAGGCCCUUGGCAUCGUUCAUCUCCUCCUGAAGCUGCUUUGCAUCACUUGGAAAACAGGACGAGAGGACAUGAGACAGCUCAUCCCGAAGUCCUUUUAACAGCACUUGGUUAAAUGCAUGGAAAUUCAUACACCAGCAUCUACUGCAAGGAAAUGAGCAGAUGCCAGAAGAUUUUCUUUUACACUUACAAGAAGUGAAAAGCCAUGGGCGUGUUUUCUGUUUUUAACGCGAGCAACGUUUCUCGGGCUGGCUCCCUCGAGGACGGCGGCAACUGGACGGCGGCAACCCAGUUCAGCCAGCCGGGCUGGAGAAUCGCUCUCUGGGCCAUCACCUACUCCUUCAUCGUUGUCACAUCCAUCCUUGGCAACGCCACCAUCAUCUGGAUUAUUCUGGCACACAGGAGAAUGAGGACCGCCACCAAUUACUUCAUCGUUAACUUGGCUCUUUCGGACCUGUUGAUGUCCGCUUUCAACACCAUCUUCAAUUUUAUCUAUGCCAGCCACAAUGUCUGGUAUUUUGGUGAGGAAUUCUGCAGGUUUCAGAACUGGUUCCCCAUCACUGCAGUGUUUGUGAGCAUUUACUCCAUGACAGCCGUGGCUGCAGAGAGGUAUGUGGCCAUCAUUCACCCCUUCAAGCCCAGGCUGUCUGCUGGAAGCACCAGAGUCAUCAUUGGGAUGAUCUGGCUGGUGGCAUUCGGGCUCGCCUUCCCUCAGUGCUUCUACGCCGAGAUCACCGUGGACAACGGAACCAUGAAGUGCAUCGUGGUCUGGCCUGACGACGUUGGAUCCAAGCACCAGCUGGCGUACCACAUUGCCGUGAUUGUGUUGAUUUAUUUGCUGCCUUUAAUGGUGAUGUUUGUUGCAUACAGCAUUAUAGGAGUCACUCUGUGGAGCAGCACGGCUCCAGGCAACCACCUGAACAGAGUCCACUACGAACACCAAGUUAAUGCCAAAAAAAAGUUUGUGAAGACGAUGGUGGUAGUGGUGAUCAUUUUUGCUGUCUGCUGGCUGCCCUAUCACAUAUACUUCAUCCUGGGGAGCUUCAAGGAAGACAUCUACCAGCAGAAGUACAUUCAGCAGGUGUAUCUCGCCGUCUUCCUCCUUGCCAUGAGCUCGACAAUGUACAACCCCAUUAUCUACUGCUGCCUGAACCAGAGGUUUCGCUCUGGAUUCAAGCUAGCAUUCCGGUGGUGUCCCUGCAUAAAAGCAACAGAAAAAGACAAACUUAAACUUAUGUCCCCAUCUCUCUACCAAACAACCCACAGGAAGUCAAGAACAACAAGUUUCAACACAGAAACUCAGCUGAAUGAGAAAGAGAAGACAUCAUUUACCCUCACCCGAUCAACACUUUGAUUUCCUGCUCCUGGUUCUGUAUCCCCAUACACCAUGCCAAGGCAGCAGAUCUGAAGAAGCCUGAAAAGCAAGUCUUUUUCUCUGGAGCAAGUGUUUCUUACAGGACUUCUUUAGAUGCCAUCAGCAUUGAAGGCAGCAUGUUGGUAACAUUUAUAUCCAUGUAGGUCCAAAUACCACCCAGCUACGGCUCUGAGUUUAGCCCUCCCUUACACCAACAGCUGCAAUACAGAACAGACAUCAGGCCCAGGAGGUAAAAAAAUCAGCAAAGCAGAUCUGAGGCAGUGCCAAUCAGGAGAAUAUAAAUUAUUCUCUUUGACACUGUGAUCUCCUGAUUUCUGUUCCACCAAGACACUUCAAGUCAGGAAGGAGGUGAUGGAGCAGAAAGGCUGGGGCUCCUGUGGCCCAGCUGGGAUGGACCCCCAGGGCUGUGUGGGCAGCCAAGUCCCAUGGCUCAGCAGCCCCAAGGCACUGUGGGCCAAAGCCUGUUUACAACAAAGGCAAAUAGUAACACAUCCAAACUGAAAAAUCCAGCCUGCCCUCAAAAUUUUCUGCAUUCUGGGAUUUUCAUGCCUACAAUUUCACCAGCAGAAACAGUUCCAUAAGAUGCUGUCAUUACACGGAUUUCUAUAACCUCGUCCCAAAAUAUGAUGAUGUUUUCCUAUUAAACCAUGCUCAAGUGACUUCUCCUUCA